AUGGCUGGCUUGUGCAAGCGAAUCGUGUCUUGCCCUAGGCUUGCCUGCCAGUGGGCCACACAAACUCGACCCCAGAGCACUCGUGCCGCAUCAAGACCCGACGCCACCGUCGCCCCUGGAUUUCCCCCUCCACACCCCUCAACUGAACCCUCUAGACUCUCAACACUCAAGUCCGCAAAGCCCUUUUCCGAAUUCCUCACCGAUACCUUCAAUCGCCAACAUGACUAUCUCCGCAUUAGCGUCACGGAACGGUGCAAUCUUCGGUGUCUGUACUGCAUGCCCGAGGAAGGCAUAGACCUCUCGCCAUCCGCGAAACUGCUUACCUCCCCGGAGAUCUUAUACCUGUCCUCACUAUUCGUCUCACAGGGCGUGACCAAAAUCCGAUUGACCGGUGGGGAACCGACGGUCCGCAAAGACAUCGUGCCGUUGAUGCAGGACAUUGGCAAGCUGCGACAAAAUGGGCUUCGGGAACUGUGUCUGACAACCAACGGGAUCUCCUUACAUCGGAAAUUGGACCCAAUGGUGGAGGCCGGGCUGACGGGAGUCAAUCUCAGCCUCGACACGCUCGAUCCAUUCCAAUUCCAGAUCAUGACAAGACGUAAAGGAUUCGAUGCUGUGAUGAAGAGCGUUGACCGCAUACUGGAAAUGAAUAAAGUCGGUGCGGGGAUCAAGCUGAAGAUCAAUUGCGUUGUUAUGAGGGGAAUGAAUGACCGAGAGAUCCUCCCGUUCGUGGAGCUGGGCCGCGAGAAACCGAUCGAAGUACGCUUCAUCGAGUAUAUGCCUUUCGGCGGGAACAAAUGGAACCAGGGAAAGAUGUUCUCAUAUCAGGAGAUGCUGGCUGUCAUCCGAGACAAGUAUCCCACAUUCGAAAAAGUGGCCGACCACAAGAAUGACACGAGUAAGACAUACCGUGUUCCUGGGUUCGAAGGCCGCGUGGGAUUCAUAACGAGCAUGACACACAACUUCUGUGGUACCUGCAACCGGUUACGCAUUACUAGCGACGGGAAUCUCAAAGUUUGCCUGUUCGGUAACUCCGAGGUCUCCUUGCGGGAUAUCAUUCGUAAGGAGAACGGUGGGAGCCCAAUUGACGUGGAUGCAAUGAACAACCUGCAGCUGUUGGAAACAGUGCAAAAAGCAGCGCGCCUUAGUGACGAAGGCGGCUUGGUAAAUGAGCGAGAACGCGAGAUUCUUGACAUUAUCGGCAUGGCGGUGAAACGAAAGAAGGCGAAACACGCCGGCAUGGAGCAACUAAAGGACAUGAAGAACCGCCCUAUGAUCCUGAUUGAUAAUAAACUGAAACCAUGGGGUUCAGGGUCUCACUCCUGGUCAACCAUACCAGUACAUAUGCUUUCGCAUCUCCCUGCAGCUUCCCAAAGCCGUCUCUACCACUCUGGGCGCUCUAAACCAGAGACCGAAGACUGUAUUCCUCGCCCAUCUCCCUCUCUACCCACCACCUCAGACGCCGACCUCCCUCACCUCACACCAUCCAAGACCGUACACAUGACCCAAAUCACCGAAAAGCCGGAAACAAAGCGUGUCGCCACAGCCGCCUGCACCGUCUUCUUCUCAAACCAACGACCCUGGGAAAUCCUCCGUGAAGGCCAGACCACGCACAAAGGUGACGUUUUCAGCGUCGCCCGGAUCGCGGGUAUCAUGGCCGCAAAAAGAACACCCGACAUUGUGCCCCUUUGUCAUCCCGGAAUUGGCAUCACUGGGGUCGAGGUCAGCGUGGAACUGGCUGAGCCAGGGCAGAACGAUCAUGGCGCCAUGCAUGUUGUGGCGUCGGUCAGCUGCUUUGGUCGCACGGGGGUGGAAAUGGAGGCUAUGACGGCUACUAUGGGUGCGGCUUUGACUGUUUAUGAUAUGCUCAAGGCUGUGGAUAAGGGGAUGGUUAUUGACUCUGUCAGAUUGCUGGAGAAAAAGGGUGGGAAGAGUGGGCAUUGGGUACGGGAAUAG